CAACAAAUGGUGAAGCGACAGGCGAAGCAAGGGCUGUGACUGCAGACUCACUCCAGACGAUGCCGGUGUCUGGAAGGAACACAAAAGUGAACGCAACAGAGCAGGUUGUCUACCUUCCUGUAGACGGCACAGCCAAAUCGUUCAGCCCAUGUGCAGCUGCCGGGGCUCCCAGCACCCGUUUCACAGUUGGUGACGAUAAGCAACAAUCCAUUCCUUCCAACCAGCCUCCAAAUGUUACAACUGCUGGUCAAUCCCCUAAAAUCCACAUGCAAAACAAAAGCAUUUCCAAGGCGAGUAAAGGGAUCUUUAAAACAGUCACAGCGCACUGGAGACACGCGGAAAAGAAGACGAGAGUGGUCCGGUCUUCCAGCACAGGCACCACGGCAGAUAAGGGGAAAACCCGGGUGGCAUCCUCUGAACGAUUCCCCAAAAGAAGAUCCUUUGACCCGCUAGCGGCGCUGACUCUUCCCGACCAGACUCCUUGCACCGCGCCACUGGAGGAGAUGCACCUUGCCAAGCCAAGUAACUGCCGCCGCAUCGUAGUACUCGGCGCGCCCAUGGUGGGCAAAACGAACCUACUCCGCCGGUUCCUGCGCGACGGGUUCGAGGAGCAGUACGAGCCAACAUCUGAAGACUUCCACAGAAAGUUGUACCAGAUCCGAGGAGAAACCUAUCAGAUUGACAUCCUGGAUGCGGCGAGGGAGAGAAAUUUCCCCGCUAGAAGGAAACUAUCCAUACUAACAGGUGAUAUAUUUCUCCUGGUGUUCAGCGUGGACGACCGAGAGUCUUUCAAAGAGGUGAUUGCAAGGCGCAAAGAGAUAGUGACCGCAAAGACUAAGCUGAUGAAGCUCAAAGAGAACGCCCGAGUCCCCAUAGUGAUCUGUGGCAACAAAAUAGACUUGGAUGCCGAGAGGGUCGUCUGUCGUUCUGAGAUGCGCCAAGUUCUGGGAGAAGACGCCGAUUUCUUCGAGACAUCGGCCAAAGACGGUACCAGUCUAGAGGAGAUGUUCGAAGCCCUGGUCAGAAUAGGUGGUCUACCCACUGAGACGCGUCCGUCACAGCACCGCAAGCUCUCCAUUCGCACCUACCAGGCGCUGGGCACCGGCAGCAGUCGGUGUGGCAGACGUAACCACUCGCAGGUUCCAGAAGGGCCAUGCGGUGCAGUUUACCCUCUGGCCCGUCGGCCAAGUUUUAACAGCGACCUCCAACGGGUGAUGGGCCCAAGCCCAACGAAACGGAGCAGAUCCAUAGAGAAGUGUCAAAUUCAAUGAAUUGAGAGACUUCUCAGUGCAAACUUAUUGUAGUAUUACAAUAUAUAACCAUUACGUAAAGAGUUAUACUCUGCUUUAGGCAAUGCUGGCUGGACCA